ACAUUUUGAUAGAGAAGCAGAAGCUAAUCAGAACUCGCUCUGAUAGUGAGCUAGAUAAAUUUCAAUAAGUAAAUUAUAAGUUAACAACAUACCUUGCGUAGGGGCCUUUUCUAAUUUUCACUGUUUUCAUUUAGUAUAAAACAGUCUCAUCGCACACACUUUAGAUUACUAUUGUACUAUGGCCACCAAAGAAGAAGGAAACAAUCUGUCAACUGAAACAAAAGCUGAAGAUAUACCAGAUAAUUCAGCAACUGAAGAUGUUCCAACUAGUUUGGAGACCAUCCCUGAAGGAACUGCAAUACGAAAUGGGACUCAAACUAUGCCAAAGGACAAAGCAAAAAUUGAUAUAUUGCUAAAAGCAACUGCUAACGCACCAAUCAUGAAGCAGAAGAAAUGGUCGGUCUGCCAGGAAAAUCCUAUUGGACGAAUCUCGGACUUUAUAAAGAAAUAUCUCAAGUUGGAUCCGAAUGAGAGAUUAUUUCUCUAUGUUAAUCAGACAUUUGCACCUUCUCCGGACCAAACAGUUAAAAAUUUGUACGAUUGUUAUGGCACAGAUGGAAAAUUGAUCAUUCAUUAUUGUAAAAGUCAAGCCUGGGGUUAAAUAUUAUAAAGGUUUAUAUAUAUAAUUUUUAUAUAUUAUUAUAAUUUAAUAUAUUAUUAUAUAAAUUAAUU